UUAGGCCUAAGACCUUGUGGUGGUACCCAUCGAUGAUUGGGUAGCGGCGGGACAUGAGGAGGAGCAGAACCAUUGCUUCGGGACAGAAUGAUACAGUUACAGUGGCAACUGUGGCAUCCUCUACCCCUUGCACCCAAAAAACCCAUUGGAAAUUUUAGGAAACCACUAAUUUCCCUUCUAUCUCCCCAUACUCUUCUCAGUUGCACCAAUUCCAAAUCCAGCUUAAGCUCCGAAGUUUCUUUCAAGUGCUUUUGUCACAAAACUGAAAACACCCAUGAAGCCUCUUCUCAGGGAUUCUCGGUUUUGGCAGCAGAUGCUCCAUGGGACCAUGGAAGUUUAUGGAGCACUAUGGCUUUCUAUAUGUUCAGUUUGCACAUUCCUCUGAGUUUUGGAGGGUUGUCUGUGGUUGCUCAUGUAUUGCAUGAACCUAUUCUUGAUCCACAGAUAGAGGCAAUAUCAUUGCUUGGAGCUCAAAUUUUAGAGCUCAUUGCAGCUCUAGUUCUUCUGCAGAGCACUGCUAAGCCACAAUAUAAGUUUGUGGACUUCUUUAAAGCUAACAAAGUAUCAAAAGAGAGGAGCUGGCUGUUGGCAUCAGCUGUAGGAUUUGGGUUUCUAUUUAUGUUGGUUUUCCUUACUUCCUUCCUUGCUGAUAGUGUUGUUGGGCCCAAGGCUAUAAACAACCCUGUACUCAAAGAAAUCCUGGUAAGCAGCAACAUCUCAAAAGCUGCUUGCGUUCUUGUAUAUUGCAUUGUCACUCCCGUGCUGGAAGAAACUGUUUACAGGGGAUUUUUAUUAGCGUCAAUUUCGUCCACUAUGAAAUGGCAGUCAGCAGUUUUGAUAAGCUCAGCUAUUUUUAGUGCAGCUCACUUGUCUGGUGAGAAUUCCUUACAGUUGUUCAUCAUUGGAUGUGUGCUUGGAUGCUCUUAUUGUUGGACUGGAAACUUGAGAUCUCCCAUUUUAAUACAUUCCCUGUAC